GUCUGACUCUGUCCUCAGCUCAGCUCCAUGGAGAGCAGCCCAGCUACCUGAAGGGAGACAACUUCUUCAAAUUCACCUGCUGUGACUGUUCUGAGGACGGAAAGGAGAGCUUUGAGAGGAUGAGGCUCACCUGGCAGCAGGUGGUGAUGUUGGCCAUGUACAACCUGUCUCUGGAGGGGACGGGUCGGCAGGGAUACUUCAGGUGGAAGGAGGAUAUCUGCGCUUUCAUUGGCCGACACUGGAACUUCCUGCUGGGAACGAGGAAGAAGACGUCGACGUGGUGGAGCACGGUGGCCGGCUGCCUCUCGGUCGGCAGCCCCACGUUCUUCCGCUCAGGAGCUCAGGAGUUCGGUGAACCCGGCUGGUGGAAGCUGGUCCAGAACAGACCUCCAACGCUGCGACCGGAGGUGGACAAAGCCUCCACCAAGGCCAAAGCCUCCAAACCCACGGUGGACCCCAUCAUCACCGUGGAGGGUCUGAGGAAACGGGGCGCCAGGAACCCUGUGGAGAACGCCAUGCAGCUGAAGGAGAAGCGCUCCCGCACCCAGGAGGCCAAAGACAUCCGGCGAGCUCAGAAGGAGGCGGUGGGCGGUUACAUGGACCGCAGCGCCUCCUCCACGCCCGUCAAACUGGCCGGAGGUCGCAGCACCGGGCGCCGCCCCGAUCUGGUCCUGGAGAAAGGCGAGGUCAUAGACUUCUCCUCCCUCAGCUCCUCGGACCGAACUCCACUCACCAGCCCCUCCCCUUCUCCUUCCCCCGACUUCUCCGCCCCCGGAACCCCCGCCUCCCACUCAGCCACACCCAGCCUGCUGUCAGAGGCCGACCUCAUCCCCGACGCCAUGCCGCCCCAGGCCCUGUUCCACGAUGAUGAGGAGAUGGAGACGGAGGGGAUGAUCGACCCUGGGAUGGAGUACCUUCCUCCUCCCAGCUCCAGCCUCGCCGCCCGUAAGAAGCUCCGCCCAGCACCGCCUCACAUCAAACGUGAAGCCGAGAGCGAGGACGACGAGGGCCGCGAGCGCGAGGAUGACUUGGAGGACGCGGUGGGACGAAGCAACGGUCCCCCUCUGUCCACCGGGGGGUGUGGUGGAGCCGGCGAGCGGAGGAGGAUCGGUCAUCCUGACAAAGUCGACGGCGGCGGCGCCCAGAGUCCUCGCUACACCGCCCUCAGCCUGUAUGAGGAGAGGAUGCUACUGCGCCGGCUGGACGCCUGCCCACUAGCGCUAGCCGUCACGCCGCAGGCCAAACGCCUCCACAGGAAGCUGCUGGUGCGGCAGGCGAAGCGGCAGAGAGGGCUCCCCCUGCUGGAUGUGGACCGAGCCGUCAGCGCCACCCUCAGCCUGGUGGGAGGGAUCUACGGAGCCCAGGAGGCGGGGGCUCUGCUGGGAGGCGGAGUCAAAGGGAAGUACUGCACCAACAGCCAGGAGCUGCGCAUCCUCGACCGCUUCCAGAUCAGCCCGUCCAGCAGAAGAAACGUCCAGAAGAACUCCGUGUCCUUCUGGCACCGACUGAUGGGAGCCGAGGGCAGUUUGGACCAAAGCAUCAAGAGUCCGUAUACGUCCCGGAUCCUGAAGCCCUACAUCAGGUACAGUACUCCAUCUACAGGGACACAGUACUCCAUCUACAGGGACACAGUACUCCAUCUACAGGGACACAGUACUCCAUGUGCUCCUCUGUUCUUCAGGAGGGAUUAUGAAAGUCGUCCGGUGAAGUUGCGGCUGCUGGCAGAGAUCCGAGCGUUUCCUCACAGGAAGGAUCCUGAUUGGCUCCCUGAGGCCGACGCCCCCAUUGAUUACUGCUACGUGCGGCCCAUUCACAUCCCCUCCGUCAACGCCAUGUGUCACGACAGCUUCUGGCCCGGCGUGGACCUGUCGGAGUGCCUGCAGUACCCCGACUUCAGCGUGGUGGCGCUCUACAGGAAGGUGGUGGUCGGCUUUGGCUUCAUGGUUCCAGACAUCAAGUACAACGAGGCCUACAUCUCCUUUCUGCUGGUCCAUCCCGAGUGGAGGCGGGCCGGCAUCGGAACCUUCAUGAUCUACCACCUGAUCCAGACCUGCAUGGGGAAAGACGUGACGCUCCAUGUGUCGGCCAGUAAUCCCGCCAUGCUGCUCUACCAGAAGUUUGGCUUCAAGGCUGAGGAGUACAUCCUGGACUUCUACGAUAAAUAUUAUCCGGUGGACAGCACCGAGUGCCGCCACGCCUUCUUCCUGCGACUGAGGCGCUGACAGCUGUAGCUCCACCCCCUGACCAUGUGACUGUUUCAGGAACAGACAAAUGAAAAGCGUUUCCAGAAAGACUCGGCUGUGUUCCAGUCUGUAAAUGUUUCUGUCGUCCAGUCAAAAAGUUCCCCUUCAAUCAUCUGUUUUUAGGUUUUUAUUUCUGCAGGUGUGAGGUUCAUGAGUCUCCAGCAGGAGGCGCUGCAGGAAGCAGGAGAAGCUGCUAGUUGACUUUUUAACUGAAUGUUCUGGAAUAAAGUGACUCCUCAAACAGG